GCUUUUUGAUUUCUCACUCCAACAAAAGCUCAAAGCCGGUCCACAGCAAUGGUCGGCAGAAGGCCUGUCGCUGCUGGGCACCGAAAUGGUGUCUCGGGGCAGCUUUGGGUCGUCUCUCUUCAGCUUGGUGCGAACAGCGCAGCAACAGCUCUCAGAAGACGUUGCAGAACGGCAGAUCCAAGAUCACUGUGCAACCCGCAUUCAGGCGGCAUGGAGGCGUGCUGCAGCCUCCUUCGCGCUGACCAGACAGGUUGCUUGCAACUAUCGAGAUCAACUUGUCCGGAAGUGCUGCGAGAAUUUAACACAGCGGAUGCAAGCGAAGGCAUUCGUAGCAGCGCGCAACUUCCAGAUCAGCCGGUUGCGGCAAGACAUUGCCCAGUUUAGGGGAUUGGCUUUCUACCUCCACAGAAGGCAGCGAGAGUUGCAAAUCCAGGAACAUUUAGACAAUGAGAAGCACCGCUUGAGAGCUCUUCUUCUUAUCCAGGCUUGGUGGAAGGGAUGUUUGGUGAGGGGCUUCGAGGCUGCCCACCGAGCUAAGACAGAAAGGGACAGGCGAAGGAGUGCCCUUCCAGAGAGCAAGCAGGAAUCAUUGGCAUUCUUCUUUGACAACAAGCCCAGGACCCUCCAAGAACAACAGCCAAUGCAAGAGGAGGAUCGAGGCGUCGAGCUUCCACUUCCGAGGAGGCGUAGCGAAGAUGGGACAGUGGUGCGCCAGCUACCUCGCCAAAUUCACAUCUACUUCUCAGACACUGGAGGUGGACACCGCGCAUCUGCACUUGCAUUGGAGGCUGCUCUUUUGAAGCAAUAUGGCAACCAGGUGUCUGUAGACCUGAUUGAUUUCAUCCGCGACGCUAUGCCCUGGCCAUUGUCGCAGGCACCAGAGACCUACCAGACUUUGGGCCACUUUCCGUCUGUUUACAAGCGGGCUUGGGACUACGAUCAAGAUAGUGACGAGUGGAGAGCCACAACAAGCUACCAAAUGAUGUGGCGCUACAGCAAGGAGCACAUCCUGAAGUACCUCCAGCCACGGGUCUAUGAAUUAGAUCUGAUCAUCUCAGUGCACCCAUUGAUUCACCAUUUGGUCAUCGAAGCCCUGGAGGAGAUGGCCAAAGGUUGUGAAGCCACACGUGAGGAAAUGGGUUUGCCAGUGGUGACGGUGGUCACAGACUUGGGAUCAGCACAUUUGUCAUGGUUUGACCCACGCAUUGACCUGCUUUUCGUGCCCAGCCAGGAGAUCUACCAGCUUGCUGUGAAGCACCACGUCCCCAAAUGGAAGAUCAAUUUGUCCGGUCUACCUCUUCGAGAAGGAUUCUGGACGGCUGAUCCGAUCUCCCCUGAACAGAAGCGUCUCCUCCAGGUACAGUUGGGCCUCAGGCCCACAGAGCGGCCAGAGGUAGUGCUUCUUAUGGGAGGAGGCGAAGGAUUUGGCAGGCUCACAGAUGUUGCAUGCGCAAUUGGUGACAUGCUGGUCGGCUUGGGAUUUGGACAGCUGGUAGUGGUAUGUGGUCGAAAUGAAGAGGUCCGGAAAUCUCUGUCUGAGAGACGAUGGAUGUCUCGACAACUUGGGGAGUGGCUGUUUCAGCCCCUUAUCCUUGGCUUUGUGAAGAACAUAGACCAGUACAUGACCGCCGCUGAUUGUUUAGUGACAAAGGCCUCGGCAGUUCCAGUGCAACAGGCAUCCGAGCGUGAGGGGCCUGGAACCGCUCAGGCCGGGCCAGGAUCAAUUGCUGAAGCCAUGAUCAAAGGCUUGCCAUGCCUUCUCACUGCCUUCGUUCCCGGACAAGAGGAAGGCAACAUUAGCUACGUCACAGACAAUGGAGCGGGUGCUUACAUAGCCGAUGAGGAGCCAGACCAGAUUGCAGCAAAAAUCCAAGAAUGGCUCUCAGACCCUGAAGUCGUGCAGACCAUGUCUGCCAACGCGCGACGCUUGGCAAAGCCAGAUGGAGCGCUGCAGAUCAGUCGUAGGAUUUGUGACGGCCUCCUUGACCUUGGAACUGAGCUGGAGGAGGUGAAAGCAACCCGCAUGACGCGACGUGAACAGCUGCUUCAACGCAAGGAGCAGAGACGACAAGUGAAGAUUGAAGCCGAUGAGAAACUCCAGGCUUGCGACGUGAGUGGGGAUGCUGACUCGGCGUGAAGAAAACAGCGCCGCGUUUGCCAGCGCAGCACUUUGUACUUGUUAGCUUGCUUCAAAGCCGCGUGACAACAGGCGUGGGAAGGUUCAAGACUGUGCUGAUUUGAAAACAAUGAUUGCCAAAGAGCGAUCAAAGCAGCGCCA